UGAGUAUGUGCAUACGGUCCCACUGGCUGGCAGCAAAAAAGUGAACAAUUGAAGCUGAAUUAAUUGAAUUGAGAGCAAUUGCUGCGCUUAGCAGAGGAGCAGCUUGGCCAUGCACAAGUGAACCGCUGGCCAGGCGCAGACGCACACUAGCAGGAUGCACUUUUCCAUACCGGACAGCCAGGAGCUGGGCUCCUCGCCCACCUACACGGCGUACAACAUACACAUCAACGGCAGCCCCCACUGCGUCCUGCGCUACAAACAGCUGCACUCGCUGAACGAGCAGCUGCGCAGGCACUGUGUGGGCGUUCCCCUGCCGCCCUUUCCCCCCAAGCGCCUCCUGCCGCUCACCAAUGGCCAACUGGAGGCGCGUCGCAGUGCCCUGGAGCAGUAUCUGCAGGCGGUGGGUCAGGACAAUCGCCUGGCCCGAUCCGCCCAUCUGCAGCACUUCCUGCAGCGGGCCCAACUGGAUACGGCCCUGGCCGAGGGCAUGGUGAUCAGCGAUUGUGAGGAACAGCAGCUGGAGGUGCAGGUCUUCACGAAUCCCUUGAGCGAACGCAUCCUGGUCAGCUGUUCGGUGCAGCAGAACGCCAGUGCGCUUCUGAAGAGCGUCUGUCAGGAUCUCCAGCUGCCCGAGGAGCUGAUGCGUUUCUUCUGCCUGUUCCUAGUGCGACGCCAGAGAAAAUCCGAUGAACUGCAUCUGGUGCGACGUCUCAUGGACUUCGAAUCGCCGUACAUAACGCGUCUGCAUGGAGACCCCUGCGAGCUGCUGCUCCGUACCUGCUACUGGGACUCGAGUAGAGAUGCUAAACUGAUUGGCAACAAGGUGGCCCUGAGCCUGCUGUACAACCAGACCGUGGCGGAUGUAAACCGCGAGUGGGUGGUCAUCUGUUCGCCCGGUGAGGGUCGCCAGUUGAGCAGCCUGCAGCUGCAGGGAAGACCGCGAGAGUACAUGGAGCUGGUGCGACAGCUGCCUUCCUACGGCUGCCUGCAGUUCGAUGAGGCGCAGGUGGACUAUCCAGAGCCGAACACUAUGGCGCUGGUCAGCAUUGGCAACAAGGAGUUGGCCCUGCGUACGGCACGAGGCGCUAAGAUCUACGAGACCAAGUUCCGGGUGACCAGGAUGCGGUCGUGGCGCGUCAGCGUAACCCACAACGCACUGGAGUCGCGGCUGCCGCCCACACACCUUCAGCUGGCAUUCGAGUAUCUAAUUGGCAAGCAGACGCUGCGCUGGAUAACCAUCAACAGUGAGCAGGCCAUGCUGAUGUCCGUUUGCCUACAGGCAAUGGUCGACGAACUGUUGCAGCGUGGCGACUCCGUAGGCGGUGGUGCGCAUCCCGGCAGUGACGAGGAACAGGAGCGAACGCCAGUGACCUCGUCCUCAUCUACGCCCAGCUCUACUUGCUCCACGUCGACGUGGGCGUCUUCCUCGUGCUCUACGUCCACGGCGCCCACAACGCCGCCUGUUAGGUUUCUGCCCGAGGAUUCGGCACCCAGAUCCAAACCCCGGUUCGCUACCUCCCGCACAUUUGGAGCCGUAUUCUUCCGCAACGACGUGGACAUUGGAUCAAGGGUGGCCAACGAGGCGUUCGAAGGCAUCGGGGAUGAUGAUCUAUGAAUGUGCUAAUAUAAUGCUUGCCGUGAGUUGCCAAAUCGAAUGCUCUUUUAGGGGAAAGAGUCGCCAAACUAGUUUAAAUGGGAUUUCCCUCCGCACGCGUAGGUGCACAGGCAGCUCAACUCUUUUGACUAAGGUUGAAGAUUUUAUAUGUGUGUAAUACAAAGACUUUAUUCUCUCUGCUACUUGCAAAUGUUACGAAGUCUAAACUAAGGUUUGCGCAAUAUGAUGGCGCAUAAAUGUGGUGUGAAGAAAUGAAUGCUCAAGAUGAAUGACAUGUUUUACCGUCAUUAUUUAUAUCUACAUGUUGAAUUAUUGUAAAUGAUCUGUAAAUUAAUGUUCGACGAUACCUUUUAUCUCUUUUAUCAUUUCCUGUAUUGUAAUAUAUGUACGUGAAGCAUUCUUUAUUUUAGAGAUAGAUGAAAAAAUAUGUUAUGCAUUUUAUAAAAAUAAAUGUACUGAUAACUAUGACACAUGGAAUGAUUAAUCCAACUGGAUUUCUCAGUAAAAUAUAUUUACAUUCCCUAAUCUGUUGACUCACUUCCAAAUAAAUGACGACAAUGUUUUGACCUA